UUCAGUCGACGCUGUACGUCACGGUCACGCAUCUGCUACACACGUCAUGUAACAGCGUACAGUCAUAUACACUCAAGGUUAUGCUGCUGUUAUGCAGCACAUGCUAGAGGUACAAUGGGCUCUUAUCGACAUCUGACAAGUAUAUGUUGUUUCGUCGCCAUCUGACACGAUGCAUAUCGCUGAUUUUGUGUCUGGAUCAUUUGCAGGGGCAUGUGGAGUUGUAGUGGGCUAUCCUCUGGAUACUGUCAAGGUCCGGAUCCAAACCCAGACACAGUUCACUGGGUUUUGGCAGUGUGCAGUGGUGACCUUUUCAAAAGAAGGGGUGCAUGGCUUCUUCAAAGGAAUGUCCUUACCCCUCACCACAAUCUCUAUGACUUCCUCUGUGGUGUUUGGCACAUACAGGAACUGUCUGCAAUGUCUGAGCCAGGCGCGAGGAGCUGGUUGUGGUCCCAACACCAAACUAGAAGUCUUUCUGUCUGGCUUGGUAGCAGGUAUAGCUCAGACGUCAGUGAUGUCUCCAGGUGAUAUAGUGAAAGUACGUCUGCAGUGUCAGACAGAGUCCAAGCGAGGACCAACCAACAUGCUUAAACCCAAGUACCGUGGUCCAGUUCACUGUCUGCUGAGCAUUAUCAAAGACGAGGGGUUCAUGGGGCUCUACAGAGGAGCGCUCCCGCUAAUGCUGAGAGACGGGCCGUCAUUCGCCACAUACUUCCUGACUUACGCAAUCAUCUGUGAAAUGCUGACAGACAGCGGCCAGAAAAGACCAGGUUGGAGUGGUGUGAUGCUGGCUGGUGGAAUAGGAGGAAUGGUAGGUUGGACUAUAGGAACACCCAUGGACUUCAUCAAAGCCCGUCUGCAGAUGGACGGAGCGCAGCAGAUGAAGCGAUACAAGGGUUUCUUUCACUGCAUCUCUGAGAUAGCGAGGGUGGAGGGAGCAGGGGUGUUCUUCAAGAGCUGGGGCAUCAACUGUCUGCGUGCAUUCCCCGUCAACAUGGUGGUGUUUGUUACAUACGAGGUUCUCAACGGUUUCCUCCAAGCCGACAGUGUUGACCCUCCUCGUCUAAGGUUCGAAUAGCAUCGACUGACUCCAUUCUAAAUCCCUCAUAUUAGUUUGCCUGUUUAUGUAUAAUGCUGGUGUUUUACAUACAUGAUGGCAAAGACAUUUGCCAUUUGAAAAUGUCUAUUGCAUUGCAAUAUUUUCAUGGAAUUAUUAUAUUAUUAUAGUCAUCCUUUGAGCUGUCAGUUAUAUGUGUAACAUUCAGUUAGGUAGGGUAAUGUAUCCUAAUAUGCUCAGGGGGUAAUUUGACCGUAAUAGGAACUGUUGGUACCAUAGAUUGGACCAGCAAACCUCUGACCACUAGAUGGCCUCCCUGGCCAGCUGGUCACCGUUUUUUCUUCUCUUGCGGUAUGUUUAUGACAAGAAAACAGUCUGCAUGACUGGUGAAGUUUUUCAACAGAAGAGCAGUGCACCAAGAAACCUCAACAGAUUUUAGACUGCAACACAAAAUAAGGUAUAAUAGACUGUAUUCAAGAGCAUUUAAGGCCUUGAGUUUAGAAUUUGCAAAUGAGCCGCAGCACGCACAAUUGACAGUAUGAUACCCGUCCUGUUCCUCGCUGCAUUAAUGCAUAUUAUAUCAACCAUGACUCAUUUCCAGAUCAUUAGCUAAAUGGCUGGAUAAUCUAAAUAAAACACAAUGUGCCGAUAUUAUAAACCUUGAUGAACUGGAUUGAUGAGAUUAUUCUAUAAAUAGAAUUAUUAAAAGAAUCAGUAGACCCAGGGUAAUCAGUAAAUGGUUUUAUAUCACUAUUACACACUACAAAAGUAAAUGCUGUUAUUGUUGAAAUCCUCAAAGCAAAUUGUCUGUAAUCAGAAGAUGGAGACACCUCAUAAACUUAUUUGUUUUACUCCAUCUUCCUCUCAAACAUAUAGAAUUGUUUUUACCCAAAAUACAACACGCACAUUUUAAUUACUACUGUCUACUACUGCUACUGACGUGUAGACAUUUUAAGGGCAUAGGUUUGGCAUCAGAGUGGGGGACACAGUGAAAUCAGCGUUCCUUUAACAGGAGGAAAAAUGUAAAUGAUAUUUUGUGUAAUUUAUUUAUAUGAUUAUAUGAACAUGCUUAUUGUGCCUUCCAUAAUAAAGGUAUCUAAAUCUUU